GGGACGGCCCCUGAGUGCUGCUGUGAGGCUGUGGCCAGGCCAGCCGGGCUCGGGGAGCGCCAGCCUGAGAGGAGCACGAGAGCGUCGUGGAAGCCUCGGGCACCAUGAGCGACGUGGCUAUUGUGAAGGAGGGCUGGCUGCACAAACGAGGGGAGUACAUCAAGACCUGGCGACCACGUUACUUCCUCCUCAAGAACGAUGGCACUUUCAUUGGCUAUAAGGAGCGGCCGCAGGACGUGGACCAACGCGAGGCCCCCCUCAACAACUUCUCUGUGGCACAGUGCCAGCUGAUGAAGACGGAGCGGCCCCGGCCCAACACCUUCAUCAUCCGCUGCCUGCAGUGGACCACUGUCAUCGAACGCACCUUCCACGUGGAGACUCCCGAGGAGCGGGAGGAGUGGACGACCGCCAUCCAGACGGUGGCCGAUGGCCUCAAGAAGCACGAGGAGGAGAUGAUGGACUUCCGCUCGGGCUCACCCAGCGACAACUCAGGGGCUGAAGAGAUGGAGGUGUCCGUGGCCAAACCCAAGCACCGUGUGACCAUGAACGAGUUUGAGUACCUGAAGCUGCUGGGCAAGGGCACUUUCGGGAAGGUGAUCCUGGUGAAGGAGAAGGCAACGGGCCGCUACUAUGCCAUGAAGAUCCUCAAGAAGGAGGUCAUCGUGGCCAAGGACGAGGUGGCCCACACACUCACCGAGAACCGUGUUCUGCAGAACUCCAGGCACCCCUUCCUCACGGCCCUGAAGUACUCCUUCCAGACCCACGACCGCCUCUGCUUCGUCAUGGAGUACGCCAAUGGGGGCGAGCUCUUCUUCCACCUGUCCCGGGAGCGUGUCUUCUCUGAGGACCGGGCCCGCUUCUAUGGCGCCGAGAUCGUGUCAGCCCUGGACUACCUGCACUCGGAGAAGAAUGUGGUGUACCGGGACCUCAAGCUGGAGAACCUCAUGCUGGACAAGGACGGGCACAUCAAGAUCACAGACUUCGGGCUGUGCAAGGAGGGGAUCAAGGACGGCGCCACCAUGAAGACCUUUUGCGGCACCCCCGAGUACCUGGCCCCUGAGGUGCUGGAGGACAAUGACUACGGCCGUGCGGUGGACUGGUGGGGGCUGGGCGUGGUCAUGUAUGAGAUGAUGUGCGGCCGCCUGCCCUUCUACAACCAGGACCACGAGAAGCUUUUUGAGCUCAUCCUCAUGGAGGAGAUCCGCUUCCCGCGCACGCUUGGUCCUGAGGCCAAGUCCUUGCUCUCAGGGCUGCUCAAGAAGGACCCUAAGCAGAGGCUUGGCGGGGGCUCUGAGGACGCCAAGGAGAUCAUGCGGCAUCGCUUCUUUGCCGGCAUCGUGUGGCAGCACGUGUACGAGAAGAAGCUCAGCCCACCCUUCAAGCCCCAGGUCACAUCGGAGACCGACACCAGGUAUUUUGAUGAGGAGUUCACGGCCCAGAUGAUCACCAUCACACCACCUGACCAAGACGACAGCAUGGAGUGCGUGGACAGCGAGCGCAGGCCCCACUUCCCCCAGUUCUCCUACUCGGCCAGCGGCACGGCCUGAGCUGGCAGUGGACUGCGCUGGACAACAGCUUGGAGGGAUGGAGAGGCGGCCUCGUGCCAUGAUCUGUAUUUAAUGGUUUUUAUUUCUCGGGUGCAUUUGAGAGAAGCCACGCCGUCCUCCGAGCGCAGAUGGAAAGACGUUUUGGUGCUGUGGGCAGCACCCUCCCCCGCAGUGGGGUAGGGAAGAAAAUUGUCCUGCGGGUUUUAAUUUAUUUCAUCCAGUUUGUUCUCCGGACGUGGCCUCAGCCCUCAGAACAAUCCGAUUCACGUAGGGAAAUGUUAAGGACUUCUGCAGCUAUGCGCAAUAGGGCGUUGGGGGGCCGGGCAGGUCCUGCCGCUGUGUCCCCUCUCUGUCAGCCAGCCGCCCUGGGCUGUCACCAGCUGUCUUUCAUCUCUCUGGGGCCCUGGGCCUCAGUUCAACCUUGUGGCACCAGAUGCAACCUCACUAUGGCAUGCUGGCUGGCACCGUCUCCUGGGGGUGGCAGGCACAUGCCAGUCCCCAGCACUAAGGCUGUGUCUCUGAGGACAUCAUCAGAGGCUGGGCCCCUGGGAUGGGCCAGGGUUUACCCAGUGGGACAUAGAAGGUUUAAAUUUGUUAUUGUGUAUUAUGUUGUUCAAAUGCAUUUGGGGGGUUUUUAAAAAUCUUUGUGACAGGAAAGCCCUCCCCCUUCCCCUUCUGUGUCAUGGUUCUUGGUGACUGCCCCACCGGGAGCCUCCCCCUCAGAUGAUCUCUCCACGGUAGCACUUGAUCUUUUCGACGCUUAACCUUUCCGCUGUCGCCCCAGGCCCUCCCUGACUCGCUGUGGGGGUGGCCGUCCCUGGGCCCCUCCACGCCCUCCUGGCCAGACGCUGCCGCUGCUGCUGCACCACGGCGUUUUUUUACAACAUUAAACUUUAGUAUUUUUACUAUUAUAAUACGAAACUUUCCCUCCAAAUUCUUCAAUAAAAGUUGCUUUUCAA